GCCGAAGUGCAAAUCUGAAGCAAAAAUUCCAAAACAAAAAGACAUUAUCCAUAUUUUACAUAUCGUAAUGCAUGAGUUUGGAAACUACAGAGAUGAAUGAAAAAUGAGGAAAAAAAACAUGAAUUUGAGCUUCCCCCAAUAGUCUUUCCUCUUUUAAUACCUUUUUUUUAGCACAAAAAUGGCUGACGAUUUUUGUUUAUUUAGCAAGGACUCCAUCAUAAAGCCACCAAAGGCUUCUCCGAUGAUGCUGAGGAUGGUUGUGUUAAUCUUUGCAAUGGUAUGUGGAGUUUAUAUAUGUUCAAUUGGCUUGAAACAAAUUGGUGUGCAUUCCAGUGGACGGAUCGUAAGUGUUCAUGUGGUUGAAAAGCCGUGUGAGGCAACUGAUAUUGAACCUUCAGAAAAACCUUAUGUGCACUUCCCCAAGCCAAAGACUUUUAGCCGGGCGGAAUGUGCUUGCAAUCCUGUAAGGAAUUUUGCAAUAUUGUCCACGCAGAGAUCUGGUAGUGGAUGGUUUGAGACAUUGCUAAACAGUCAUAUGAAUAUAAGCUCUAAUGGGGAGAUUUUUUCUGUUAAAGUCCGGAAAAGUAACGUGUCAACAAUUUUGGACACUUUGGACAAACUUUAUAACCUAGACUUUUUUAUGAGUGCUUCCAAGAAUGAAUGUACUGCUGCAGUUGGACUCAAGUGGAUGCUUAAUCAGGGUCUGAUGCAGAAUCAUGAGCAAAUUGUUGAAUAUUUCAAAACCAGAGGAGUUUCUGCUAUUUUUCUCUUCAGAAGAAAUCUGUUGCGCAGAAUGAUUUCAAUGCUAGCAAAUUCCUAUGAUCAGAGUGCUAAGCUGGUAAAUGGAACCCACAAGUCUCAUGUGCAUUAUCCCAAGGAGGCUGAGAUGCUUGCAAGUUACAAACCCACGAUAAACACAACUUUGCUGAUCCCCAACCUGAAGCAAGUAGACAACAUGGCUAUAAAAGCUGUGCAAUACUUCAAUAGCACUCGACAUAUUAUAUUGUUCUACGAGGACAUAAUAAAAAAUCAAACAAUACUGAACGAUGUUCAAGAUUUCCUGAAAGUUCCUAGAAGGGACCUUCACAGUCGUCAGGUGAAGAUACACAAAGGGACGUUGUCUUCACAAGUUGAAAAUUGGGUUGAUGUUGAAAAGACACUCAAGGGAACGCCAUAUGAAAGCUUCCUACAUUCAGAUUACAAAAUAUAAAUUUGCAGUCAUCGUGUACAGAUGUAGCUUGUUGUUCAACUCAAUUCUUUCAUUAUUUACUGUUAGGAGACACUUGAUCUUAGCCAAAAGGUCGAGAAAGAUAUACUUGUUAGCAGAAGCUAACAGGGGAGAGAGCUUCUUGUUAAGAUUUUGGUAGCAGCAGAUUGUCUUCUAGUUCUGAGUACCAGGUAAUGAGUACUGUCUUGAUUUUCACUAUAACUAGAAAUUUGUUAGCAAAUGCUUUGCAUUUUCACAAAUUAGAAACUUGUAACUGAUAUGAUUAUAAUUUUUUGUCA